CGGGCGGUUUCCUCUGGUUUUGCUCAGGAGGUAUUAUCCAUUGUAGCCUUCGCUCGUCAGAAGGAUACAGAGCUACAAUUUUGUUUUCACCCAAUUUGGAACAUUUCUGCAGGUAAUACAAAUACAUUAAAAAAAUAUCAAGGAACAUAGUAUUAUUUAGCCUUCGCUCAACAGAAGGAUACAGAGCUACAAUUUAUGUCUUAGCCAUUGAGUGAUAUUAGGCAAAAUCUCAAUGGAUGAUGUUGUAUCACCAAAACCUUCAAGCUUUUGUUCUCAGUUGAAUGCACUUACGAGGAAGAACAUCACCUUCCAGAAAAGAAACAUCAGAACAAAUCUGGGUCUGAUUAUCAUCCCACUCUUACUGUGUUUGAUGCUGUUUGGCAUUCAAAAACUAGCCUCAUUAAUUAUAAUUGAUCCUGAGAUACAUUGUGAUUGUGGGGAUUGCAUGGAUGAUCCAAACCAAGAAUCUUGUGAAGAUAAAUGCUCCAGUGCUCUUGAUAUGUUGCAAGGCAAUUCAGUAUAUUGCCCAGAAGCACACCCAGCACAGCUGCCAGUUUUGUUUCAGAUACCAAUGCCUCAAUUUCGUGCAACAAAGAGUAGAAGUUCUUCUUCUUCUUCUUCAAUUUACAACUCUGGACUUCCACCUCAUUCUUGUCUGAAAAAUAAAUCUUGCCCUGUCACUAUAUUAAUCACCGGGCAAAACCGUAGUUUGGCGCAGAGCAUAGGAAGAAAUCUUUUUGGAAGCAAAAAGUUGGAGAAGCCUUCAGAUUAUGUGAGCCCUCAGGUCGUCGCAUCUGAAUUUAUGUUGGGAACAUCAGAAAUGCUUCCAACCACAUUUUACUUCGAACCAGCUUUCAUGAUGGGCAGUCCACCUCUCUACAUUGUUCAUCCCAAUUGCAGCUCAAACAUAGAAUUUCCUGUUUCAAUCAAGAUGGCUGGUCUUUCUCUUACUCAAGAGGUGAGAUGUGUGAAUGGACUUGCUCUCUGGCGUGAAAAUUCUUCAGUGAUAAACAAAGAGUUAUCUAUGGGCUACCAAAUGGGGAACGUCGAUGAGAGAAUUGAUGAAAUACUUGCAGCUUAUGAUUUCUCCAACACUGACAGCAACACUUUCAAUGUCACCAUUUGGCAUAACGAAACUUAUAGGAACAAUGACCUUCUCCUUCGGAUUUUUCGUGCUUCAAACGCAGCCGCAAAUGCAUAUCUUCAAUUUUUCAAGGGGGCUAAUGUAAAGAUGCUGCUUGAAUUUGUCAAAGAAAUGCCUAAAGGUGCAACAAAACCGGACAAAGUAAACGUUUCUGCUCUUAGUCCCUUGUUUUUCACAUGGGUCAUUGAGCUGCUUUUUCCGGUAAUGUUGACUUAUCUAGUUUAUGAAAAGCAAAAGAAUAUGCGAAUGAUGAUGAAAAUGCAUGGCCUUGGUGAUCUUCCCUACUGGUUAAUUUCCUAUGGAUAUUUUUUGGUCUUGUCAGCCUCUUACAUGUUAUGUUUCAGCUUAUUUGGUUCCAUUAUUGGGAUAAAAUUAUUCACCUUAAACAAGUUCAGUCUCCAGUUUGUAUUCUACUUUUUAAGCAUAAAUUUGCAGAUUUCUCUUACAAUUUUCACCUCAGCACUGUUCUUGGAGGUGAAGACUGCUGCAGUGGUUGGAUACUUGUACGUAUUUGUUUCAGGCCUUCUUGGAUCAUCUCUUUUGGAGCGCUUUAUUGAAGACGCCUCCUAUCCAAGAGAACUACUUGUACUAAUGGAGAUUUUCCCCGCUUUUUCCAUAUACCGUGGUCUUUAUGAACUCGCACAAUAUUCCCUUCGUGUGGAAUCACUUGAAGCACCUCGUAUAGGUUGGAAGGACAUUAAUAAGGACAGGCAAGGGAUGAGAGCUGUUUUGAUCAUCAUGGUUGUAGAAUGGGCAGCACUUCUGCUGCUUGGAUAUUACUUGGAUCAAGUUGUUUCAAAUGGCAAAGGAGUUAGAAAACAUCCACUUUGGUUUUUAACAAAGUUUCAGAGAAAGACAAAUAGAAAUAAGCAAAGGCAAGGAUAUGACAUUCUCAUUAAUAUGGAUAAACCAGAUGUUGCUCAAGAGAGAGAAAUAGUUGAAAAGCUGAUGCAAGAACCCUGUAAAAUCCAGGCCGUUCUAUGCGACGACUUAAGAAAGGUGUACCCAGGAAGUGAUGGAAAUCCAGAUAAGCAUGCAGUUCGGGGCCUUUCACUUUCUAUUUCUCAAAGGGAAUGCUUCGGCAUGCUUGGACCUAAUGGAGCAGGCAAAACUUCUUUCAUAAACAUGGUGACUGGGCUCACAACUCCCACUUCAGGCACAAUAUUAGUUCAAGGACUAGAUAUCAGCAGAGAUAUGGACAAAGUGUAUUCUUUAAUGGGUGUAUGCCCGCAACAUGAUUUGACCUGGGAUUGUUUAACCGGUAGAGAACACCUCCUUUUUUAUGGUAGAUUGAAGAACCUUAGAGGAGAUUCGCUGAUGAAGGCAGUUGAAGAAUCAUUACAGGCAGUCAAUCUAUUAGACAAAGGUGUGGCUGACAAGCGAGUUGAACAAUAUAGUGGUGGCAUGAAGAGAAGGCUCAGCGUAGCCAUAUCACUCAUUGGCAAUCCUAAAGUUGUAUAUAUGGAUGAGCCCAGCACUGGAUUAGAUCCAGCAUCGAGAAAAAGACUAUGGAGUGUUGUGCAGCAUGCAAAAAAAGAUAGAGCAGUUAUUCUCACAACCCACUCCAUGGAAGAAGCUGAGGCUCUUUGUGAUCGUGUUGGAAUCUUUGUGGAUGGGUAUCUUCAAUGUCUUGGAAGCCCAGUUGAGUUAAAAGCCAGAUAUGGAGGUUAUUUUGUGCUGACAGUGACCACCCCAUCCAAUGAAGAAGAAGAUGUGGAGAAAUUAGUGCAACAAAUAUCCUCAGCAGCAACAAGAGUAUAUCAUUUAUCUGGAACACAGAAAUUUCAGCUACCUAAGAAAGGGCUAAGCCUGUCUGACAUAUUUAGACAAAUUGAAGCUGCAAAAAGAAGGCUGAACAUACAAGCUUGGGGCUUGUCAGAUGCAGCACUGGAGGAUGUUUUCAUCAAAGUUGCAAGUAGUGCUAAUUCCUUAUAUCAUCAUAAUCUUAAUAAGAAAUGUGACUAACCAUAUAUAUUUGCUAGUGGUAAAACAAAGGGAAAUUUACAUACGUAGCACACAAUUCUUAUGUAGUUACAUAUC